AACGUUGCGUGCGGGAAGCUGCACUUUCUCCGAUGGAUAAAAAAGAGAGAGAAAAAGAAAAGACCGAAAAUAGAUGACUCGAAAAAGCCGAUGUGAAAUCUUUGCAUUUAUUACUACGCGGAACUUAAAUUAAAUUAUUUCAACAACAAUAAUUUCAAACUAGAGGAAAAUUUACAAAUGAUUUGAGAGAACUUUUGAAAAAACAAAUCAAAAGCGAAAUUUCCGCCCCCAACCCAAACCCCCCUCUCCAUAAUUUUCUUUCCAUCUUCUCUGUUUUUCUCUUUGUCUUUUGUUAUUAAGCUAUCUACAAAAGUUAAAACAAAAGUUGAUGUUUUAAUAUUCUCUCAAUGGAUCAUCAACAAAUCCAGGGUAUUUGUCUUUUUUCUUAAAUUUUUACUCUCUUGGUUUUCUCUCUAAUUUUGUUCUUUUCCUUCUUUCAUUUUAAAUUAACUGGGUAUUACCCAUGUUAUUGAUCUUGUUCUUGUUUUUAAAAUGAUGCCCAUGUUGAGUUUUAUCUCUCAAGUUCAUUUCCUUUUUGUUAGAAAUUUUAAAUUGGUUGUGGAGGGUUAGGAUUAUUUUUGGAUCUCAUAUUUGCUUGAUUAUAUUUCAGAUUCAGGGCAGGAGUGGAAGUUAUUGAAGUGAAGUAAAUAGGGGAGCUGAUUAUGUUUUAACUUCAAUUUAUUGUAAACGAUAGAAAAGGUGUUGAGAAUUAGAAAUCAUGGCUCCUGGAGGCCGAAUCUGCAAGGAAGUCCCCGAGUCUCAUUCUAUGUUUUCUGAUUAUGGUAUUGCCACUUCAAAUGGCGAAAGCAAAAUUUCUCCAUCAACCAAGACCCCAAUUGUUCCUGGCGGAAAGUAUGUAUUCUCAUCAACUACUGGUGUACAUGAUCUACUUGAGUGCCCUGUUUGCAUGAGCUCGAUGUACCCCCCAAUACACCAGUGUCCAAAUGGCCACACUCUGUGUUCAGAUUGCAAGGCUCGAGUUCACAACUGCUGUCCAACUUGUCGAUAUGAGCUUGGCAACAUAAGGUGCUUGGCUUUGGAGAAGGUAGCAGAAUCGCUGGAACUCCCUUGCAGACAUCAGGCCCUAGGUUGUCAUGAUAUAUUUCCAUACUACAGCAAACUCCAGCAUGAACAGCACUGCCGAUAUCGUCCAUACAAUUGUCCUUAUGCUGGAUCUGAAUGCUCUGUCACCGGGGACAUUCCAAUCCUUGUUGGUCAUCUAAAGGACGAUCACAAGGUUGAUACACAUGAUGGAUGCACCUUCAACCAUCGGUAUGUCAAAUCCAAUCCGCAGGAGGUAGAAAAUGCUACAUGGAUGCUAACUGUUUUCAAUUGUUUUGGGAGACAGUUCUGCUUACACUUUGAGGCUUUUCAAAUGGGAAUGGCACCUGUAUACAUGGCCUUUUUGCGAUUCAUGGGCGAUGAAGAUGACGCAAAGAAAUUUAGUUAUAGUUUGGAGGUUGGUGGGAAUGGUCGAAAGCUAAUGUGGCAGGGAGUUCCAAGGAGUAUUCGCGAUAGUCAUAGGAAGGUUAGGGAUAGUCAAGAUGGAUUAAUCAUUCAAAGAAACUUGGCUUUGUUCUUUUCUGGUGGUGAUCGACAAGAGUUGAAAUUGAGAGUCACGGGCCGUAUAUGGAAGGAACAGUAGUAAGGAAGUAUCCUAGUAUAAUAUAUCUAGUAUUUUGGUUCUUGUAGAAAGGAAAAAAGAGAGAGGAAAGCCUAUUUCUGUUCCCUAGGAUUCAUCUAGAAUUCAUGUGAGAUAUCUGAAGAAUGGGUUGUCUUGUAAAAUAGGUAGCGUUACGGAUCCCGUUUCGUGUUCCGAGAAUGAUUUGUUCUGAUUUUCUGUAACAUCCUUGAGGUCAUGUGACCUUUUUGUAAAACAAAGCAGUAUGUAUUUUGCAGUCUCGAGCAGAUUUCGAAAGUUGAAAAGGAAAAACUCAUAUUACUA